AUGUUGUCCUCGACGAGAUCAGCAGCCGCGCUGGCUCUGCGAGCCAAACCAGUAUCCUCCUUCAUCCCCUACCGCUCUAUCGCAGCCAUCUCCUCCUCCUCCUCGAAGACCGCGAGUCCCAGUCUCACACCACAAAAUGUCUCUGGCAAUGCCGGUUCGCCACCACCGAUAAUAGGCGUGACGGGCAAGGAGAGGAGGGAGGUCCCUCUGCCUAGCCAGGAGGGCAAGAAGGGCGUUAUGCAAUACGCGCUGACAACCCUCGACCAGAUGGCCAACUGGGCUCGUCAAGGCUCCCUCUGGCCCAUGACUUUCGGACUCGCCUGCUGCGCCGUUGAGAUGAUGCACCUGUCCACUCCCCGAUACGACCAGGACCGCCUGGGUAUAAUCUUCAGAGCGUCCCCGCGCCAGUCGGACGUCAUGAUUGUCGCCGGGACCCUGACGAACAAGAUGGCCCCCGCGCUCAGACAGGUCUACGAUCAGAUGCCGGAGCCGAGAUGGGUCGUUUCCAUGGGCAGCUGUGCUAAUGGGGGUGGAUACUAUCACUACAGUUACAGUGUCGUGAGGGGGUGCGACAGGGUUGUGCCGGUGGAUAUCUACGUGCCUGGGUGCCCGCCCACGGCGGAGGCGCUGAUGUAUGGCAUGUUCCAGCUGCAGAAGAAGAUGAGACACACCAAGAUCACUAGACUUUGGUACAGGAAGUAG